GCCCCCGCGCCGCGCCGCGCCUGCCGCUGCCAAGAGAGCGCUCAGAGCCCACGUCAGGGGAGGUCUCGGGAUAAAUAGGGUCCCGCAAUGGCCGUGGCUGGCUGCGCUCGGAGCUGCGGGGUCCGAGACUGGAGCUGCCCGGGCGGGUUCGCGCCCCGGAGGCUGAGGGCUGGCGCUGCUCGUGCCCCGUGCGCCAGACGGCAGAGAUCCGCGGCCGGACCCCGCGGCCCCGCGUUGCUGCCGACUGGAGCUUGGGGACAGGACGGCUCCUGCGCCCACAAAGGACUUCUUCCUCCGAGACGGCAAAGGGCAAGACUAGCGGAGCGCGAAGAAAGGGGCCCUUUCUGCCUGUCGGGGUCGCAGCGCGGGAGGACAGUGCCAUGCUCCUCUCGGUCCUGGUGGCGCUGUGCCUGUGGCUGCGCCUGGCGCUGGGCGUGCGCGGCGCGCCCUGCGAGGCGGUGCGCAUCCCCAUGUGCCGGCACAUGCCCUGGAACAUCACGCGGAUGCCCAACCACCUGCACCACAGCACGCAGGAGAACGCCAUCCUGGCCAUCGAGCAGUACGAGGAGCUGGUGGACGUGAACUGCAGCGCCGUGCUGCGCUUCUUCCUCUGCGCCAUGUACGCGCCCAUCUGCACCCUGGAGUUCCUGCACGACCCCAUCAAGCCCUGUAAGUCCGUGUGCCAGCGCGCGCGCGACGACUGCGAGCCCCUCAUGAAGAUGUACAACCACAGCUGGCCCGAGAGCCUGGCCUGCGACGACCUGCCUGUCUACGACCGUGGUGUGUGCAUCUCGCCAGAAGCCAUCGUCACUGAUCUCCCGGAGGAUGUUAAGUGGAUAGACAUCACACCAGAUAUGAUGGUACAGGAAAGGCCUCUUGACGUUGACUGUAAACGCCUAAGCCCCGAUCGGUGCAAGUGCAAAAAGGUGAAGCCAACUCUGGCAACAUAUCUGAGCAAAAACUACAGCUAUGUUAUUCAUGCCAAAAUAAAAGCUGUUCAGAGGAGUGGCUGUAAUGAAGUAACAACAGUGGUGGAUGUAAAAGAAAUCUUCAAGUCCUCCUCGCCCAUCCCUCGAACUCAAGUCCCACUCAUUACAAAUUCCUCUUGCCAGUGCCCACACAUCCUUCCCCAUCAAGAUGUUCUCAUCAUGUGUUACGAGUGGCGUUCAAGGAUGAUGCUUCUUGAAAAUUGCAUAGUUGAAAAAUGGAGAGAUCAACUUAGCAAAAGAUCCAUACAGUGGGAAGAGAGGCUGCGGGAACAGCGGAGAACAAUUCAGGACAAGAAGAAACCAACUGGGCGCACCAGUCGUAGUAAUCCUCCGAAACCGAAGGGAAAGUCACCUGCUCCCAAACCAGCCAGCCCCAAGAAGAACAUUCAAGCUAGGAGUGCCCAAAAGAGAACAAAUGUGAAAAAAGCGUAAGCUCGCUGCUUUCCAAGAUGGAGACUUCCGACUUCCUUACAGCCUGAGGUCGGGCAUUGCGUGGACGGCCUAUGUAAGGCCACACGCCCCCUGCCUUAACAGCUCACUGCCGUACUCUCCAUAGACACAUCUUGCAGCAUUUUUCUUAAUGAUAUGCUUCAAUUUUUCUUUUUAAGUCACCACAGGCCAUAGUGGUAGGUUUGCCCUUUGGUAUGGAAGGUGUGUUAAAGCUGGUGGAAAAAGCUUAUUGCAUUCAUGGUAACCUGUGUGCAUACUCUAUGAGAUCUCUGUGUGGGGAAAAUAAUGCUUUUUUACAAUUUGACCUAAUAUGUGCAUUGUAAAAUAAAUGCCAUAUUUCAAAUAAAACAUCUAAUUUUUUACGAUAUAUUUUAUUUCUAUUUGACUUCUCUUGUUACAAUGUUAAUGAUGUUUUAAAAUGUAAUUGAAAAUAUAACUGCUUCAAAGGAGGAAAGCAAGAGGAAUGAAUGUUUAAAAGAUUUUGUGUUGACUGUCUGCAGAAGAAUUUUUGUGCUGAAAAGGAAUUUUUGAAAAAUUGAGGAAAGUAACAUAUUGAAAAUUGCAAUGUGUUUUUUACAAAGAAGACUUUGUGCUGUUUUUAGCUAGAAACUCUAAAAACUAAAAUAAUAAUAAUGAAAAAUAAAUAAAAAAGACAGGCAGACA